AUGCCAACGCUAUUCUCGGGCUACGGUACUAGCCUGCCCCCAUUACCGGUAGCUUCGCGGCGUCCGGACAAUGCAGCCAAGUGCCGCCACCACCACCUCGGCCUGCUCACGUGCGUCGCACUUGCUGGCCUCGGCUGUCUGUACUUCAUGGCGCAUUCACCCACGGCUCCUUCCGCUGUCCGGCUCGAGGCAUCGACGCCGGUCGACGUCUUGAAUGAGAAAGUAGCAGCCUUGCGGCGCGACGAAGCCAUUGCGCGCUUCCAAGCACAAGUAGCGUCGGCGAAUUUCGCCACGUCCGUGACCGACGCGUUCGACAAGCUCUUGACGUGCCUUGCGAUCGGCUACAAGCAGCUCGGCGAGAUGCAGCAUCCUGUGGACUACAACUGGACCCAAGGCCUGACGCAAUUGCAAGCCAACUGUGCGCGUACGCCGGCGACGGCGCCGCCGGUCGUCCUUGUGCCACCAUCGGUGCCCGGAAGCAAUGCUUCGACGCUGCCGCGCUUGACCCGCACGGCGAUCCUUGGCUUUGUCGUGCAGCAAAAGGUGACUGCGAUCGCCGAAGCCACGGCCGCGAACGCGUCGAUGGUGUUGGUCGACGCAACCGCAGCGUUCUUUGAAAAGCUGUGGAACUGCACCAACACCACAAUUGCUCAGCUGCCACCGACUGCAACGCUCGGCAUCGACGACGUUCAAGCCAUUGCCUAUGUGGUCCAAACGACAUGCAUGACGACGAGUCCAUCGGUGUCAAUGACGCCGACGCCGGCUCCAGUGACAUUACGUCCGACACCGACCGCGACAACAGAACCGGUGCCAACAACGAUGGCGAGUUUGUCGCUAUCGCCGACGCCAACGUCCACGAUAUUGACCGAUGCGCCGCCCGUCGAUGUAUCGACAGCACCGGUACUGGUGACUGCGACGCCGACACCGACACUGGACGACGCCACUAUGGUGCCGUCACCAACAACGAGCACUCCGACCUUUGGACGUCCGUGUCCGACGAGCAUUCCGACGACGCUUCUCAUUGAGGCGACGUGUACACCGGACUGGAAUCUUGAUGGAAGCGCGCCAACGUUCGUUAUCCAACACGUUUUGCCCCAAGACACGUUCAAGCAGAUUGCAUGCCCCGGGGUACUGACCGUCGCGCAGGUCCUCUUUGCUAGUUUUGGCAACCCGACGAUGGCCUCGGGCCUCGAGAGCGGCUCGUUAAACAACGACGUUGAAGCCGCUUUGCAGCAGCGCCUUAUCGCGGGCUACGGCGGCGACACGGCCAGCACCGAGCGCCGGUACUACGCCUUGCUCACGCGCAAGCGGGUCCAUGGCGCGUGCCUCGCGGCGGCACUGGCAACGCUCCACGGACCGCACAACGAAUCGCAAGCGGCGGACGCGGCGGCCAUCGCACAGCGCUGUGUCGAGCGCGCGUCGUCGCUAUAA